AUGGAGGAUUUUGAUUUGGCUAUACGCGAUGCUGAUUUAGUAGAGCCUUCGGUGCAGGUUAACUGGUUCACUUGGACUAGUAAGGUUCAUGGGUCUAGGAUGUUACGCCGCUUGGAUCGUAUUUUAGUGAAUGAUGAAUGGCUAUCUGCAUGGCCUACUUUGUUGGUAAAUGUGCUACCAUGGGGUAUUUUUUAUCAUUCUCCUAUUUUAUUCUAUCCUAGCUUUCAGCAAAAUAGUAGAGUGGUGUCAUUUCGGUUCUUCAAUCAUUGGCUGGAGGAUCCUUCAUUUAUUGAGGUGGUUGCUAGGAUGUGGGGUCGCCAUGAGGGUGUCUCACCGCUAGUGAGCCUCAUGAGAAAUCUUCAACGUCUUAAACCUACUCUCCGUAGGCAUUUUGGUAGGCACAUCUAG